ACGCUUUUCCUUCAGGAAAGACCGUGAUUUGAAGUGGACUGCACGAAGUCAGCUGAUGGAGGCCAUCAAUAUUUACGUCAUACUGCGUUGACACUAAACGUUUUAUAAUUUUUGGUCACCAUUCUUCCUUUUAUUUACCGAAGAGAAACCUACGCGGCCAAGAAGUCAAGCUCCCUCGCAUUCAAGCCACACUCUCCUUUCAAACACACCUGUGCUCUCCUGAUUGUAACGUUGGAGUUUACAAAUAUUUUGUCCAACAUUACGAGGGGGACGAGGUGAGUUGGUCCUGCUUUGGUUCGCACUCACAAAUGUGUAUUAGAGGCGAGUUGUAAGGCACGACACGGCCGAGGACGCACCGUUCCUUCGCCAAUCCCCAACCAAACGCACUUGCUUUGAUUGAGGAUCCGAAGUGAUCAGAAGUGAAAUGCGCACUGCUGGCUCCCUGGACGAUGGGGUGGACACCCUUGGAGGCGGGGGAGGAUCUCCCAGAGCCAGGAGGACCUCCCCCGCAACUGCUCAGCAAAGGCUGCUCUCCCAUCAGGGAGUUUUAGAAAUGGCUGCCAGCGAAAGUGGUGUUGGAUUUAGUGGACACACCUUGGACAAGGCGACCAAGGCAAAAGUGACCCUUGAAAAUUAUUACAGCAACCUGAUUGCUCAACACAUUGAAAGAAAGAAAAGGUUAGCCAAACUUGAAGAAUCGUUAAAAGAUGAUGCGCUCUCGGAACAACAGAGGCAAGAAAAGAGGCAGCAGCACGCCCAGAAAGAAACGGAAUUCCUGCGUCUGAAGAGAUCACGGUUGGGCGUCGAAGACUUUGAGGCGCUGAAGGUCAUCGGCAGGGGUGCCUUUGGCGAGGUGCGGCUCGUGCAGAAAAAGGACACUGGCCAUGUUUACGCAAUGAAGAUUUUACGGAAGGCAGACAUGCUUGAAAAGGAGCAAGUGGCGCACGUCCGAGCCGAGAGAGAUGUCCUGGUGGAAGCAGACCAUCAGUGGGUUGUGAAAAUGUACUACAGCUUUCAAGAUCCGGUCAACUUGUACCUUAUCAUGGAAUUCUUGCCGGGAGGUGACAUGAUGACCUUGCUAAUGAAGAAAGACACCCUUUCGGAGGAGUGCACUCAAUUUUACAUUGCAGAGACUGCACUUGCUAUCGACUCCAUCCAUAAGUUAGGCUUCAUUCACAGGGACAUCAAACCUGACAACCUUUUGCUGGACGCCCGUGGUCACAUUAAGUUAUCCGAUUUUGGAUUGUGCACUGGCUUGAAAAAGUCUCACUGCACAGAUUUCUACAGAGAUCUGAGCCAAGCAAAGCCUUCCGAUUUCAAUUUCCUUGGAUCUGCAACCUCAAGUCCAAUGGACAGUAAGCGGCGAGCGGAAAGUUGGAAGAAAAAUAGACGUGCUUUGGCUUACUCAACAGUUGGAACCCCGGAUUACAUCGCACCUGAGGUUUUCCUCCAGACAGGUUACGGGCAGGCUUGUGAUUGGUGGAGUCUGGGUGUCAUCAUGUAUGAAAUGCUUAUCGGGUACCCUCCUUUCUGCAGCGAAAACCCUCAAGAAACUUACCGUAAAGUGAUGAAUUGGAGGGACACACUUGUUUUCCCUCCGGAGGUACCUAUCUCGGAAGAAGCCAAGGAUACUAUUUUACGAUUUUGCUGUGAGGCUGAACGGCGACUGGGGUCGGUUCGAGGGGCUGAAGAAUUGAAAUCGGCGCCAUUCUUCCGUGGGGUUGAUUGGGAGCAUAUCAGAGAGCGUCCGGCGGCCAUUGCUGUUGAGGUGCGCUCCAUCGACGACACAUCCAACUUCGAUGACUUCCCCGACGUCAAGCUUGAAAUCCCUGCUGCUCCGACUAUUCCAGAGGGUGAGGCUAACUACAAAGACUGGGUCUUCAUCAACUACACUUUUAAGAGGUUCGAGGGACUCACGCAAAGAGGCACUCCAACGAAAAAAUGACCCGCGGCCAACCCGGCCAGCGCCUCUCCUGCUUCUAGCUGCACUCACCCGUUGGCACAACCGCACGCUCCUAUCUAAAAAAUAUUCGCGAUUUUUCCGCGAACUGAUUACUGCGGCCCGACCGCCUCUUCCACUGAAAUGUGUUAGUCCUUGUCCGCUGUUAACUUAGUUUGCCAUCCUGAACAAAUAGCUUUUAAUGUUUUUUAAACAGAAAUUUCUUCCAUAUUUUCGGGCACAAGGCGUGGAUAUUUUUUUAUUAUUAUUGUAAUAUUGAUUUUGUUUCAACAUCUGUGUAGAAAACUCGUUUUUAUUUAUUUCCUUAGUGCAUGUAUGAUUUCAUUUCCACGGCCUUGCUAUCCGUUAAAAUUGGAUGUUCCCAAACAGAAACGAGGGUUUGCCCAUCUAUUGCCAUUUUAGUACAUAGAAUCUGCUGAUAAACUUAAUCAAGCUGUAAGAUUAUCACUUUUAAUCUCAGAUUUGUUGGCUGAUGCUACUUUUAUAGAAGGAAUCAAGAAUCAAGUAAUCAAAUUUGCAAAAGAAAAAAAUAUAUAUUCUCGAUUGCGUGUUUUGCAAGUGUGUGGGUUUUGUGACUAAAGAAGCAAAGUAGUACAAUGGAUUAGAGAAGAUGCUUGAUCUGCAGCCUCCUAGUUUCUUGUUAUAAUUGACUUACUUUCAGCUUAUUUAUUGAAAUAAUUAAUUCUAUAAAUUGUUGAUUUUUUGGGCUAGGUGUCUCUGAUUAGUGAACCUUGAGCAAAGUGCAAUUACUGAGAAACAUUACUAAUUAUUUUUGUGUGCGCAAUGGAUCUACUUGCAUUACAGAUCCACCCUCAUUUCAUGUUGAUUAAUUUAUUUAAAAAAAUCUUUCUAGCUGCUUUCGCAAAGCAAAAGAGCAGAGUUUUCCUCAUAGGGAGCAAUUUUUUGUAAUUUAAUUUCUAAGCAAGCAUAUCUUGAAGCUUUUGAUAGUUAUAGGUAGUUUCUUUCUGUAAAUGUUACCAGUCAUUUUGUUCUUCUGUAUGAAAGCUGAUCACAGUAGUAACAGGCCUUGUUAUUUAAGCUUACUUAAAACAUUAAUGAUACAGUGCUUUCACAUUAUCUUUGUGUUUUGCAUAUUUGAUGUUAACAUUUUGUUUCAUGAAUAGGAAAUUUUAAAAUGAAUGUGGGUACGAGGGAUUUGCCAAUUUUAUUUGCAACAAAUUGUAAUCACGCUUUUAAAGAAAUAUAUUGUAAAAUAGAAUUAGCAUUGGCAAUUUCCUUUUUAUGGUAUCAAAGAGUGGUAGCACGUUUUAUUGCAAAGAUUGAAUUGUCUUAUCAGUCGUUAAAACGAAUGGAACUAAUUUGAAGCAAAUUUUGUCAGACUACGGAAACUUUUUAUAUCAUUGAAGGAACAGUGUAAGGUGCAAAAAACUUAUUUUCAAUACCUAAGCAAGCGCUUUUCUAACCGACUUCUGUCUGUAAAAAGUUUUUCAAGCUGGCUUGCUUUUAACAAAAAAUUUUGGUUGAAAAGAAAAAUUGAUGUUCUUUUUGAACAGCAGACUAAAAAAGCCUGUUCUAAAAUAUCAAAACAAAAUGUGGGCAAUCCAGGCAGCUAUUGAUUGUGUUAGUUACUUUUUAGACUUUGGCUGGAUCAACGAACAGCCAGAGAGUACUUGUUAUAUAAUUGUAUUUAAAAAAUCGUCUACUUCGAAUAUAUCAACCACUGAGUAUCACUAUAUUAAUUUUAACGUUAGUUUUUGUUUCUGAAGAAAGUGAUGCAAUAAAAUGUAUGGAAUAAAAA